UUCAUGUUGACCAUCUUUCCCCAGGUCCCAUUCCUUCUGCACUGCAACACGUGCUCCUCUAUAAUUUAUAUGCACUCCUCACUCUUGUAGUUCAGUUGUUAUGGUAACCAACAGUUUGCUAGUUGUUGUUAGCAGCUAUUUAACUUUAGCUAACUUAGUGUAGCUGACUGCUACUGCUUUCACAUAAGAGUGGUCUAUCUUGAUGAUUAUAGAUGCAUUAGUUUAUGUCAAUAUGGACACGGACCCUUCAACGCGUUGGAAUGCUCUUUUUGACAGCUUCAAACCCCAUAUUCCGUCCAUUGAUUCAGAUUCUUUAUCAUCAGUGAGUUUGAUUACUGCACUUAGCUAACUAACAACAAGUGCAGCAGUAAGACAACGUUAGUUAGCUAUCCCUAUGAAAAGCCCUUAAUUUGUAUGAACUUUGCUACUUACUUGCUGCUCGACUAGAGUUGUGUUUAUUUGUUUUUGAAUUGUGUUUGCCAGAGUAAAUCUAGAUAAAUGCAUCAAACGUUAGCUGAAAUUUGGCUAACCUUACUCUCCAGUCUGAAAAUUAAAACAUAUCCAUCUUUCGGCGACCAGUAGCCCUUCUUCCUAAACACACAGGGCCUAGAGUGUCUUGUCAUUGGAGUACUCUGAAAUAGAGGAGCUUCUAAUAUCUGUGGCACAGCCACAACUGUGUUGGACAGAGGAGACCGUUUGCCCAUAUAGAGAGCCUACAACUGAACCCCAUGGAGUUUAUCAAGCCACUGAUUUAGCCCAGCAGGGCACACACCAGGAGCCCAGUCCUAUAGGUAAUAAGGUAAAUGAGAUAUGCAGCCAUGACUAUUAGAAAUGCAGCUCGGGCAGGAGGCCAUCCAUGCAGCAAUGUUCCUGUGGAGAUGAAAGGGGACACCUCAGCGCACCACAGCCAUGGCACACUAAACAGACAAAAAACAACUGAGUCCACAUCACCACACCCUUCACAUAACACAGCUUGUGAAGAAAACACAUUGGAGUCACUCAAUGCUUUGAGAAAGACACAGAGAACAGAUCCAAAUGGCUCUGAAAAAGCCACUACAAAAUAGUCAAACUGUUUUGUCUUUUGAGCCACUGGAGCACUGGGAUCUGGACCAGAUUCUUCUGACUCGUCAAACAGAUAGACUCUUUUUAGGAGGCAGUGUGUCUGACGAACCUAUGGAAGUACAACCAGUCACAGAUGGAGACAAUGUAAGGUCACAGGAGAGGCUGGAGAGGCUGGCUGCUUUCUGUAGGACACAGUCAUGUGGAGAUGCUGAAGAGAAAAGAGAAACUGCGCCAGAUAAAACUUCUGGUGUGCCUCAGAAAGCACCUGUCCAACAUCCUACCAAUUUCAGGCUCGUGCUAAAGGCUGGAGUGGAAUAGUAUCAAAUAAUGUACAUCAAACACAUGGUUUGAUGCCCUUCCAGUCGUUCUGUUCCAGACAUUAUUAUGAGCUGUCCUCCCCUCAGCAGCCUCCACUGGUGGCUGAACACCUGUUUUAUGACCUGUCAAUGACCGAGAGGAGAGAGAGCAACAGAAACAGAGAGCACAGCGCCAGCAACACCUCCAGAAACAGCUGGAAAGCUUUAGACCAACAAGGUCUGCCGGAGACAGGGAGCCUGCCGCUGAGAAGACUGAUGUUCUUUAUGACACUUCCAGGCCUGGUAGCCAGCAGCAGUCAUCAUUGGAAAGCACCAACAGUGGAGUCAGCCACAACCAAAUCCCAUAUAUACAAUGCUCUGGUUGCUUGGUUUCUGUCUUUGGUUGGAGCACCAGGCCCUCAAGGUGGUGAUGACAGGGCUGCUGUACCUUUUUGGGUGGCUGGCCUACAGCAACUGUGGACAGAGGAUGGACUGGCUCUACACAUCUGUGCUGUGUCCCACGGAGAGAGCCUACAACUUGUCCGAAAACCCCGCAAACUGGGUGUGGAUACGGGUCAUAGUGUGUUCCAGCAGCGUGUCUGCAGGUUCCUCUCUCAGACCUCCCUCAGAGCCAUCACGCAUUGGCUGCCGCAGCUCAGGAGCCUAUUAGACCAACAGGCCUAUCCCCCAACCGUCCACAUACCUGCCUCCUGCCUGGACAGCUUUAUCUCUGUCAACUCAGACAAAAUGGCUGUGAAGAGGACCUUCGGUCUAAACCCAGGCUUCUACUGGCAGACUGUGGAGACUCAGGAACUCAGCUGUCAGAGGCCUGAGACCAUGUGCACUCAGCUGCUACACACAGAGAUAGCUGUUGCUCUGGGAUACACUUCUUUGUUCCUGCAUCCCCUGGUGGUUCACCACACCCUCCACCUUCUCCACAACUCAGGGUUGGGUGUUUGUGGCCUCCGCCUCCUUUACCCUCCUCUUGGCUUUCUGACCAACAGCACCGGCAGAGUAUCCUACGGGCAGGGAGAUGAUGGAGCCGAUCAGCCUGUCCUUGCCCUGGCUGUCCGAGGGCCUCACGCCCGCACCGUGUGGCAGGAUGUAACAGGCCCUUCAGACCCCCUGCUGGCUAGGAAGACAGACCCGGCAUCCAUCAACGCCCUGCACUACAGCAGCAAGAACUUGCCCCUCCUCUACUCCCCUCGCCUGGCCAGCAGUGUGCACAGGGAACUGGUCACGUGGUUCGCAGGGAGAGUUCCAGGAAAUAAUUCCCAGAACCCUGACCAGGCUCCAACUGACAGCUCUGCCCCUGGCGAUGGAGAGGGAAGCAGCCCCUUGUAUUUAACCAUGUCCUCUACCACCCUGUGUGCUACUGUUAAAGUGGACGUGUUCUUGAUAGUGUCUCCAGCUGUGGCGCCAUGCUGCUACAGCCAGGUUCUGUCUGUGUGUGAAGGCAGAGGGUUCAGUCUGAGGGGGGCCCAGAGGCUGCAGCUCUCCACCAAACGAACCCAGGCACUGGGACUCACCAGACAGCAGGUGUCAGUGUUCUGCAGUCCGCCCACUGUUACUGUGGAUGAGAAGAGGGUUGAGCUGUCGUCCCACUGCCUGCUCCUCUGAGGAGAGAGAGUGGCCUGCGUCACUGUGCCAGCCUGCCUGCAGUUAUUGCACUUAACCUAUAAUACCUAAUAUCUCUGCUUCUAUCACCUCAAAAGUACAAUGAGUGUACGAAACAUUAGGAACACCAUCCUAAUAUUGAGUUGCACAGCCUUUUGCCCUCAGAACAGCCUCAAUUCGUUGGGGCAUGGACUACAAGGUGUUGAAAGUGUUCAACAGGGAUGCUGGCCGAUGUUUACGCCAAUGCUUCCCACAGUUGUGUCAAGUUGGCUUGACGUUCUUUGGGUGGUGGACCAUUGAUACACACGGGAAACUGUUGAGCUUGAAAAACCCAGCAGCAUUGCAGUUCUUGACACACAAGCCUGGCACCUACUACCAUCCCCCGUUCAAAGGAACUUAAAUCUUUUGUCUUUCCCAUUCACCCUCUGAACGGCACACAUACACAAUUCAUGUCUCAAUUGUCAAGAUUUAACCUGUCUCCUCCCCUUCUUCUACACUGAUUGAAGUGGAUUUAACCAGUGACAUUAAUAAGGGAUCAUAGCUUUCACCUGGAUUGACCUGGUCAAUGUCAUGGAAAGAGCAGGUGUUCAUAAUGUUUUGUCCACUCAGUGUCUAUCCUCUCCUCUACAAGUAUGCCCAUCUAUUUGUGAUUAUUCCAUGUUUAGGUGUUCAUAAUGUUUUGUCCACUCAGUGUAUAAAGAACAUGUCUUUCCAUUUGAUGCUGAUAGGUACUAUAGAGGCAUUUGAGCUUGUGACAUCAAUGUUCAGUCUAUUGACACUGAUUCCUCUUUUUGUCAGCCCUUGUGAAAGAGUUGGAGAGGUUGUUGGGAUGUAUCCACAUCAGACUGUCAGAUGAAGGAAAGCUGGACCUGAGCAGCUGCUUUCACAUGUUGCCCUACAGAGAGAGCCUGCUCCAUAGCUUUGGUGGGCGUAUGUGGGCCGUACCCAACCCCUGCAAUGUAGUGUUGUCCAUUCACAGGUGUCCAUCCAACCCAGAGCUGGAGCAGGUGGUGGUGCUUACGCUGGCUGGAAGGGACAUCAGUCAGGGCCUGAGCCUGCUACACAGGCUCUGGACAGGGGACGCAACAGAUACUUUACCCCACAUUAACCAUUCCUACAACACAGCCCAUGCGAUGUCGGGGAGGAUGGAUUCGAGCUACUGGCCAUGAAGUGGCUGCCCACAUUGUCCCGGCAGCAGGCACGGGAGGUGAGCCCCUAUGAGAGGUAGGUGACCGGCUGUGGCAGAGCAGCCUGGUGGGCCUGGCCUCCUCCCCUGCCCUGGUGUGUGCUCUGAGAAGGGUGGACGCCUUCGCCCCCCUACUGUGGCUCCUGCCACGGGACUACCCUGUGAACCUGAACAUACUGUUGUCUCCCACUCCUGAACUGGCCUUCAGACAAGCAUCCCUCUUCUUCUCCCUGGGAGACAUGAUCCCUGAUCACAGUGUGCGCCCAUUACUGAAGUUCCUACCCCCACCACACAUUAAUGUAGCUGGUUCCCAGUGUGAGUCAUUGUUAAACUGCAUGGCGCAGGGUCCCCAGCCGCUGGUCAAACUGUUCCUGUUCAAGCCCCCAUGCUCCUCAGCAAAGUCCAGUGGAGUGGCUUCACUGUGGUGGACCUGCAUGUGCUGGUUCUGGACAAUAGCACAGCUGUGUCAUAUUGUUUUAAAUGCAUUGGCUCAGUUUCCCUCUUGUGUUUUCCUCUAGGACCCCUCUGCUGUAGAAGCCCAUGUUCAGUACUUGAGCUCUGGGCCUUCCCUGGCUCUGUGCCUGCAGAGGGAGAAUGCUGUGAAGAUGGUACUGGACGUGCUGGGACCUGAGGAACCUGCCCAGGCCCGCGCUCAGGACCAAUUCCUCUGGAGGGCCUGUUACAGCUCAGACCAUCUACACAGCGGCAUCUAUGGAUCGAGGAGCUAUCAGAGACCUGUUCCCACAGAGCCUAUGCUGCACAGAGACCAACACCAUGAGACAGGAGCAGAUACCAAGUGUACACUCAGACCAUUUGGCUUGUCUGGCCCGUGAACAGAGCCACACUCUUGCCGCUGCGAACAAGCCAUCUUUAUCACACCUUAUGGCUUCUGGACUGAAUUGAGCAGCGCCCUCGGUCCACAGUGCUCUCUGCCAAACCACCUGCCUGCUGCUGCCCUCCAGUGUACUGAGCCCAGCCCACAUCCACCUGGACCUGCUUGAGUAGCUGCUGAGGACAGGCUGCCACCUGGUGGCCGGGAGGAUGAGUGCCCUGGACGAGACCCAGAGAUGUCACAUAGCUGGGACACUGAUGCUACCCUCUGAGGGAUGGGAAGAUUUCUGCUCUACCUGAGGGCCCUUGUCUUAUCGUUGUUCUACAGAAAGAUAACGCUGUGACCUGCUUUGACGCCAUGCUUGAAAGGCAUUGCAGCUGCUGUGCUAUCUAUUUGAUGCCCUGUCUCCUGAUAGUCAUCAUGCCAUUGUACCACAGUAAUCUGAGUGAACUUUAAUUCUAUAGAGCAUUACGAAGAGGGCCAACCUAUUUUCUGGAAUUCUGUGCCAAUCUUUGAUUAUAAUCCAUUUGAUACAUUCCAAUACUGUAUAAAGAAAAUAUUUAUUUAAUUGGUUGUAGUAAGAAACCUUUUUAUGUAACCCACCCCCAAAAGAAAAGUAAAAAUGGUAUUUUCAUGUGAAGAAAAUAAAUACUUAAAAUUCUG